UGUGUAGGGUGAUGGCGGAGCAGGCCUGCAGGGAGCGGGACAAGGUGAGAGCGGACCUGGAUCUGGCCGAUCGGAGGAACCUGAAGCUGGUGAGGGAGGUGGACGACCGUCACGCCAGCAUGGAGUCGCUGAACCAAAGCAGGAUCAGGGACCUGGAGCUGGACUUCCGUGAUAGGCUGGCAACACUGCGCACGCAGUCGGAGCAGGAGAGCGAGGCUCUGCUUCAGCAGGUGGAGCGUGAGCGCAGCAUCCUGCAGGGGGAGCUGCAGCUGCUCAGAGUGCAGGAGGCGCAGCUGCAGGAGGAGUUGUGCAGCGUCGCACAGGAGAACAGUCGUCUGGAGGAUGAACUCAGUGUUGUGAAGAUGAAACUGACUGAAGCUGAAAACUCUGUGAACAAACUGCAAAGAGACAUGAAGCAGCUGCUGCACGACAAGUUUGGUGGUUUGGACCCGGUCGGCGCAGGUCUGAGUCAUGAGGAGCGUUUCUGUGAAGCUGUCAAAGAGUACGAGCUGCAGUUCAGGGAGCUGCGGGACAGAAAUGAUGAGCUGAGUUCAGAGCUGGAGCUGCUGAAGAGUCAGAGGAGCAACAGGAAGUCCAGAAGAGACGGAGACAACGACGAUGCCGCACUGAGCUGGACUGAACAACCCUCUGUCAGCGCAGAGUCCGACUCUGACGACUCGGACAUGAAGCGUCACUCGUCUCCUCUGGUGAAGAAGAAACUGCAGCUGGAUGAUAAGACCGGUCUGGACAGCGUCUCUGGCCCUGUCGUCAGUAUCCAGACUGAACUGGCUCUGGAGCAGCUGAAACAGAAACACAGCCAGGAGCU